GUGGGAGACGAGAAGGAAGGAAAGCGAGCAGGGCGUGGGCAGGCAUGUCGCAGAGACGGAAGGGCAGUGGCAGAGUAGGGAAGAUUAAUGCGGAAAGAGGGAGAAUGAAAGUAAGACCACCUUCCCUACUUCCAAUGGGCCCUGCUUUGAAGUGUCUAAUUACCUCCAUGUCGGGGCUGUCCACGUGAGAAGGGGACAGAACAGGAGAGACGAGCAAAUACGUGAGAGCAGAGAAGAGUUUUCCACAGAGCAUGGCCUCGGCCAAAGAGGAGAAUAUGGAUGAGCGACUGGCUUGCAUUAAACAAGAUGAUUGUGAGUGGGGUGCACCGGUCGAUUUGCGCGUAAAGGUGGAAGACUGUGAAAAACAAAUUUCAGUCUUGAAGGAGGAGGAGGAGUCGGAGGGGGAAAUUGUUCGGGUUACAGUGGAGAAUUCGGAACAUUUCUCCCUUAAUCCCGAACUGCAAACAUGUGGAACUGGAAACAACGUUUUCAAGCAAGAUGUUGGUGAGGAACCUCACUGCAGUUUACAGCCCCAGUUCUCGAACGCGGGACAACUGGCCACCCUGCAGAAUUCCGUGGAGGUGAAAUCCGAGUUUGAAGAGAAAGUCUGUGGAGAAGCCGAUGGGCCACAGUCAUCUCUGAGAGCUGGAAUCGAUUUCAAAGAGAAUGGCGGCUUCUCCCCAUCUUCAUUUCCUCAGCCCUCUCUUGAGUGCCGACUGCAACACAAACGGGACAAGGAAAAGAUGAACAAAGCAACAAUAGCAUCAGAGAAUUUGACGCCAACCUCUUUCCAAUGCAGCUCUCUUCCUGUGAGAGAAACGGUCAACCCUGACCAACAUCAUGGGUAUUACACGGAUUUCAAGUUGAUCCGUACAAAACCAAAGCCGUUUUGCUGUUCCGACUGUGGCAAAGAAUUCCUCCAUAAGAGCAGACUUGAGACACACGUAAGAAUUCAUACUGGAGAAAAACCUCAUUCCUGCUCCGUAUGUGGCAAACGAUUUUCCCAUAGCUGCAGUCUCCAAACACAUACUAGAAUCCACACUGGAGAAAAACCCUAUGGCUGUGUUGAUUGUGGGAAAAGAUUCAUUGAUAGUGGCCGUCUGCAGAACCACAGAAGAAUUCAUACUGGAGAAAAGCCAUAUUACUGUCCUGAAUGUGGUAAACGAUUUUCUAAACGUAGCUAUCUUCAGUGCCACACAAGAAUUCAUACUGGCGAGAAGCCGUAUGUCUGUUCUGAAUGUGGCAAACAGUUCAGCAUCUGUAGUAAUCUUCUAAGUCACAAAAGAAUUCAUACAGGAGAGAAGCCAUAUUGCUGUUCUGAGUGUGGAAAGCAGUUUACUGUCAGUAGCAAUCUUCAGCAGCACAUGAAAAUUCAUUCUGGAGGAGAAAUUAAUCCAAGAGAGAAGCUAUAUUGUUGUUCUGAAUGUGGAAAAAGAUUUUCUGGAGCUAGCGCUCUUAAGAGUCACAAAAGAAUUCAUACAGGAGAGAAGCCAUAUGGCUGUCCUGAAUGUGGCAAAUGCUUCACCAGCAGUAGUAGCCUUUGGCAGCACACACGGAUUCAUACCGGAGAGAAGCCAUAUGGCUGUCCUGAAUGUGGCAGAAGAUUCACCCAAAGUGGCAAACUUCAGGCACACAUAAGAAUUCAUACCGGAGAAAAACCUCAUCGCUGCUCUGAAUGUGACAAGAGAUUUUCUGACAGCAGCAGUCUCCAAAGACAUAAAAGAACCCACACUCAACAAAAGCCCUAUGAUAGUUCUGAAUGUGAAAAAACAUACACGGAGAGUAGCCCCGUUCAGAGCCAUACAGUGAUUCAUACUGGAGAAAAGCCAUAAUGCUCUCCUGAAUGUGGCAAAUGAUUCUUCCAAAAUAGAAACUCUUCAGCAUCACAAAAUAAGUCACACUGUGUUCUUUAGUUGGG